AUAGUCUAGAUUAAUUAAUUUCUGCCACAGACUUAUCAGUUUGAAGUUACAUAAUUUAAUACAUAUAUGUAUGUACGUAUGUAUACACUUAUUAAAUCUUAAAUGAUCAUUCUGUAGUAAUAAAAUUGUUGCAUCAAUAGUUUACUCUACCUGUUAAUUCACCAUUUCAAGUUUAUCUUGUGUCCUCUAUGAGAAAUGAGCUAAGGGCUAGAAGUAUCAAAAACCUACCAAGGUGUAUUCUGGAGAAAAGAAUGGUUGUUUCUAUAUUAAGGAAGAUGGCUAUUCCAUUGUGAUCUGAGAGCCAACAAUUGUGCUACAUAUUCAUUGGUUCUACUUGCAGUUACUGCAAACAAUUGUAACAGCAUAAAGUGACAAGCUUUAACUCAUUAAAUGUGCAACUAUAUUAUGUAAAUUAUUGAAAACAAUCAUUAUUAUUUUUGGUGUGCAAUAGUUUUUGGAUUUCUUAAGUUGGAUUACUUUCGUCGUUUACCGCGAUGGCAGCUCUGUCUGGAUCUGUUUUACCAACAAGUUGGAAACAGCAAAACAUAUCAUGGCUGAAUAUGGUGGUUUUCUGAUUUUUUAACAAUGUGUUGACUUUAAUUAAUGCAUUGAAUGACUGAAAAGAGACAUACAAUAGGAAUAAUUCAUUGUGGAACUUCUCAGAACGAAUGUGUUUAAUCUUUGAUGGUGUUAUCUGAUCUCAAGUGUUCUACCAAGCUGCAUUGUAUGCUAUGAAAGAGUAUAUGAUAAAAGUUUGUAGUGGACAUGGCAUAUCACUAGAUACAAGAGUAUCUCAAUUGCCUCUGGACAGAUUAUAAAUGCUUGUAAAAUAACAUAAAUCCUCCUACACCAGAGUGUUAGAUCAAUUGUGACUUUCAAAGCAUCAUAUAAAUAUAAAUGGAUCGUAUCUCUGGUUUAUUACAGUGACAUGUAAUAAACAGAAUCUCAUGCCAAGGCUACGAAAGGAAAGGGGACUGAAAACUGGGUGGGGUGUUCAGUAUUAUGCAGCUGUAAGAAAUGCUGUGUUUAUUAUACGAACACCCCCAUAUGUACCACCAGAGCCACCCCCGUCCAUAAAAAGACAUGAUUCAGAGUCAGACACUCUGUACGUGUGUCCACAAUGCAAAGAUCGCUUCCAUUUUCAAAGUAGUUUGGAGGAUCACCGUGAACGAAAAAGUUGGAUACUGGGCUAUUGGUGCCAGUACUGCUUUCUGACAACAUGCACCCAUGAUCCCAAGGAUGGUUCACUUUGCUCUUCAUGCUCAAAAUUAGAUCGCGAAAAGCGUACAUAUUUAAGAAACAAAGGCUUGCAUGGAACUCAAAGAUAUGGAGCUGUCCAGUUGUUCUUUAACCAGUGUCAAUUCCUGGCACAUGUUAAGGCGCAUUUUAUCAAGAAUGUGAACAUGAACGACCUAAUGUUAAUGCCUAUUCCGACGAAUCUGAAUCAGAUCUGGGACCCAGAAAUUAAUAUAACAUGCGAGGCUGUUAUGGAACACACCUUCAUCAUGAAGGUUCACAUAAUGGAUUGGUUGAAAGACGAAAACAUCAACAGUGAUUGGUGGCAGAUAACUAACAAAAAACCGAGAGAUGAUAACGAUCUAAUUACGUCGAUCCUGAGAAAUUACAAAGGCCGCCAGUACUUCAAGACAGUAGAGAUACCGAUAGAGGAGCAGGUUUAUAUCUUGAAUACUAAAUCUGUGUCCAAUUUCAACAGCAAAUCCUCCAGCAUCGAGAUGGUGGAUGCACCAGAAAACACCGACAAGAUAAAGAACCCAUCCUUUGUAGAUAGCCCCGUAUACAUUUCCGACGAGAACGAGAUUGAGAACGAAGACACCCCUUGUACAAUAAACGACAUCGCCUUCGUGGAUUGUGGCCCUGCAUCGAAUUACUUUGAACCUGAAAGCUCAAUAAACCAUUUUCCAAAAGGAAUGGUUUCAAAAAGACCAGCUCUGAAUUACACGAUCGUCCCUAACAUCACUAACUUGAAAAUCAAUAAAUCCAAGAAGACGGCGAAUGCGACGCAAUGGUCCUACGGCAACACAAUGAUCACACCAAGGUUCGAUACGAAGGAUUCUCCCAAGAGUCUUCUCAAGAAGAACUCAACGAAGACUAUAGCAGGCAAAUCGGGCAAAGGCCCGAUCAAACUGAUCACUGAAAGCAGUACUAUUGGGAAGGGGGGCAAGGCGACCACCGAGAAGAAUGUAUUAAUUGUCGAGCCGUUGUCGAAGGUAUUGCCAGACUCUACUUGCACGUCGAAAGCUGACAAAGCAAAGCUAGAGAAGCUGAAGCAGACCGCGUCCGUGGUGACCGUGAACUCUGGCCAGAAAUUCGUCACGUUCCACAACACUCUACACAUCGACAUCAACACGAUCAUCAAUCAAUUGCCGUCUCAUGUGGUUGGGAACAAGAAGAUCUACUUGCUAGAACAAGACACAAAGCCGAUCCUCGCUCACAACAAGGACGAGACAUCUUCCGAGAAGAUGAUUCCCAACUCGAACGGCGUGAAGAGCAAAGAAUCUACCGAUAAGGAUUCAAAAUCGUCGAAGCCGACCGAGUCAGCCACGAAAAGAACUCAGCUGAUCAAAAACAAGAUCAUCUGCCACAAUGGGACGAAGUACAUCAUCAAACAGACCCCGGGCACUGUGAAGUCAUUGAAGAGCAAGUCUUACGCGAUUAAACCGUUGAAGGAACCACACGAGGCUACACCGUCGAAGUCCACAAGUAGCAUCCCACCUUUGAUACCUAUAAAGUCCGCGGAAUCGGAGAGCCUGUUAACCCCGGACCGAGUGAACGCUCUUCACGGCGACGUGUCUCCUCUGACACCCUCUCCCUCGCCUUCAGAAUUAUCCAGCAGCUCCAGCUGCGAUACUCAGUCGAAGCAAUCCGUUGUACCCAGUUGCAAAAGCACGCCGAAGAUAGAGGCGAACAGCAGCGGCAAACUAGGGAAAGGACGUAGCUGCAGCGAUUUCGGUAGUUCUCUAUCCUUCCAGAAAGGACAGGACGAGAAUCUUUAUCUAAACGUGAAGAUGCACAACGAGAAGCCGAUCUACACUAUCGUGGAUUCUGUAGGAAUGAUAAAAAAAUCGAAGCACGAAAUGCUGAACGAGUUCUUCCACUUGAGCUACGCGGAGUUGAAGAGGCGUUACGAUCAUUUACAAGAGCUCAACGACGAGAUCCUGAAGGUGAUGGAGUUUGCGCCCGAGGGUGCGGUCAAGGAGAGCCUGAGGAGGAUCAACAUACUGCAGCUAGUACUGAAACAGUGCAUGGACAAACGCAUCGACAACGUCGGCGAGGGUGGUGUAAAGGAUCCGCCGUUGGAUGAAUGGGAGGAAGAGUACAAUCGAGUCGCCGUGAAGACGCUUUGCAAAGCCUGCGAGAAACCCAAGAAACCCGAGUCUUAUAUCCCGGGGUUCUCGAAGACUCCGAAGGAGGACAUCUACUGCUCCUGCUAUAGACACGUCUGUCACAAGUGCAACACUUACCAGGGGAACUCGACGAGGUUCGUGGCGCACCAGACCUUCCACGACAAGGAGAAGCCGUACUUGUGCCCUGAUUGUUACCGAAAGUUCAUGCUGUUCAGCUCGCUGGAGACACACACAUGGACCAGCUGUUUCCAUCCGCUGAAGAAGCGCGUCCUCGGCUGCAAGAUCUGCGAGAUCGACGGCUUCAGGGACAUGGAGACCGUCGCCAGACACUUCGCCGUGAUGCACAGCCAUAACAAGAUCGCCUGCGAGAAGUGUUACAUCGUUCUACCGUCGUACGCCGAUUACAAGAAGCACCUUAAAGACAAACACCCGGACGCUAAUGAUCCAGAUCAACCUAUUAGGCUGGUUCUAUGCAAAUUAGGCCACUGCAUCAUACGAUGCGAGGAGUACAUGCUUCACAUGGAGAAGCACCUGGUGGUACAGAGACUGAUAUGGUUCACUUGUCCCUUCUGCGCGUGCCUACACGCCGAGGCGAAGAGGAUCAUGGCUCAUCUGCAGAACGAACAUCUGUCGCAGCUCUGCGAGCUCAUAAGUCCGCAGAUUCUGUGGAAGAUCCUUCCGCCGCAGCUUGCUGGCAAAUUUUGGAACACAUCGGGAGGCACGGUCGAGAAGGAAGACGGGACGAUGAUUCCCAAGAUCGUGAACGCUAGGACCAUCACUUCCGAGGUGUUUGAACGCGGCACCGAGGAGCCUGUCGAGUACCUGCACGUCAACGAGUCUGUACAGCAUCCCAGAGCCCUGAGGCCCGUCAGGAAUCUGCCUAUGAUUCUGGAGGUCAGAUCACUGGCUGAUAGAUCAGCUUCCGGCUCGCCGGUGAACGGAAGCGCGAUGGAGUCCGAGGAGAAGGCUGCAGACAAGGAACAGGACCGGGACGUCAUGAUCGAGUACGUGAAGAAGGAUUCUGCCAGCAGGACGCAUAAGAAGAAGCAGGAACCGGGUAAGGGGAUCGAAUGUAGCUCCAAGAUGGGCGUAGAUUCUUCUGGGGAGAAGACAGAAAUUAAAACCGAAAUGGAGUGCGAAGACAGCCCUGAGAACAUGCCGCUGUUGAAGCCACCUCCACUCGCCAGGAUCCCGCAACGUGCUCUGGAGCCUGAGGAAAUCCCAAGGUCGCCGCAGACAGGCAGGAUGACGAUGUUCGCUCGCAGUCAGAAGACGAAUCGCCAGCUCUACAAGAGGUUAGCACUGAAUGGUCCAACGAAGACGACGGAAACGGCUCUAAACUUCCUGUGCCCCCUAUGCAGCGAAAUGAUAAACACUUCGUGGCCUGUGCUGUGCAGCCACUUCGAGAAGAAGCACGGGCAGAGCUGCAAGCUGACGAUGGUGAAUCCGUCGCUGGUGAGGAUGUCUUCGGAGUUCAUCAACGGCGGGUACAAGGACCUGUUAGGGAACCGGAAAAGGAAGCUGGAAAACGCGUCCACGAACGCCAAGAGGAGACGAAGAUGGACUCCGAAGAAGUACUCCGAAGGAAGGAAUGCCGGCUUCGCUGGGACCGGCUUGUGCGUCACCCAGGAAACCGCGGAGGACAGCGAGGGCAACUUCCGGUGCAAGAAGUGCGGCCAAAGAUGCACCGACAUGACGCACUUGAGGGAACACAUCGCGACUGUUCACAGGAUCAGGGGACGGUACUUGAUUUGCUUGGAAUGCGGUGACAACUUCGUGGUCGCGCCCAGUUUACAGAUGCAUCUGAAGGCGUUCCACGGGAUAGAGGAUCCCAUAGCCUACAUGGCAAGGAACACCUCGUACGCGCCCGACAGCAUCGACGACCUUGACGUCGAGGGCAAGGCCAUCGAGGCCAACCAGUGCCACGUCUGCAUGGCUGUCUUCGAGGACAAGGCUGCGGUCGACAAACACCUUAGAGUACACGGCAUGGCGUUCCUCAAUCGCAAGAGGAUAGAGGCGCAGAACGCCAUGAAGGGCCCGAAGAAGAAGAGCGAGACCGACGAAGAGAAACCGGUAGCCGUUCCAGAGAAGACGCCCCCUAGAAAGAGUAAACCCGCGGAAACGAUACUAGACAAAAUUACAGCGACCAUAUAGCUAACGGAGGCACGACUCUCCCAGAGCAGAUGCGACUGAUGCGGCUACUUAAAAAAGAACUUUCCAGUCUCGAAGCUCGCGAACCUGUGAUUUCUUCGUUUUAGUUAAGUGCACGACGGACUCGUCGGGGAUCUAGCGUUGAUUAGGAAAAAGAAAAGGAUUUGUUAGACGUUCUCAAUAGUGUCCGGGACGAAUAGUGUCGUAACAGAACUCUUUAUCAAGUUAGGUUAUGUCUUCUCUCUUACUCUAUUACCGUGUUAAAGGUCGUACUAUCUUGUUUCAAAGCGCACGUGGAUCGUAAUGCUUCUCUGUAAAUACGUGGCAUAGAUAUGGUAGGGAAAAAGUCGUACUCCAAUAAUAGUAAUACAAUUAUCGCAUAAAAGCGGACCUUCGAACCCCCUCCCCCACCCACCACCCCGGUUUCCUCCUAUCCGAUUCGCAUUGCGGGAUUUUUGGAUAAGUUACGUUGUUGCGUCGUUUGUCAACGAUUGCAGGAUAGGCAGUGUAAAUAGUUCCCUUUUAAAAAGAUAUAUAUAUAUAACUUUUUGUACUCUACUAAUUCGUAUACAUCGUUGUACCAAAAGAUAAACGAAAAUAAAAAUAUUCUAAUUUACUGCGGACACCUA